GGCUGGAGUCUGCUGGGCUGGGAGCCGGAGGGUGACCCUAGGCUGAUGUGUCGCUUCCCUCCGCGCUAGCAGGACCUGACUCCUCCCCGCGGGUCUCCGCUGUUCCCACCGGUGCCCCCUCGGCGCGCCUUGGGUCGCAGAGAUGGCAAACCCUGAGGUGGCUGGAAGCUCCCACCAGGAUGAAAGUCCCUGCACCUUCCACCAGAGCUCAUCCCCCAGCGAGGAGCUUCUCUUAGAAGACCAGAUGAGGCGGAAACUCAAAUUCUUUUUUAUGAAUCCUUGUGAGAAGUUCUGGGCUCGGGGUAGGAAGCCGUGGAAACUUGCCAUACAAAUUCUGAAAAUUGCGAUGGUGACUGCCCAGCUGAUCCUGUUUGGACUAAGUAACCAGAUGGUGGUAGCUUUCAAGGAAGAGAACACUAUAGCCUUCAAACACCUUUUCCUAAAAGGAUACUUGGAUCGAAUGGAUGACACAUACGCAGUGUACACUCAGAAUGAUGUCUACGACCAGAUCAUCUUUGCAGUGAACCAGUACUUGCAGCUUCGUAACAUCUCCGUUGGCAACCAUGCUUAUGAGAACAAGGGGAGUAAGCGGUCGGCUAUGGCAGUCUGUCAACACUUCUACAAGCGAGGAACCAUCUGUCCGGGGAAUGACACCUUUGACAUCGACCCAGAAAUUGAAACAGAAUGUUUCCUUAUAGAGCCCGAUGAACCUUUUGACAUUGGAACACCUGGAGAAAAUAAACUCAACCUGACCCUGGACUUCCAGAGACUCCUGACCGUGGAGCUUCAGUUUAAGCUGAAAGCCAUUAAUCUGCAGACCGUUCGCCACCAGGAGCUUCCUGACUGUUAUGACUUCACUCUGACUAUAACAUUUGACAACAAGGCUCACAGUGGAAGAAUCAAAAUAAGUCUAGACAAUGACAUUUCUAUCAGAGAAUGCAAAGACUGGCACGUAUCCGGAUCACUUCAGAAGAACACCCACUACAUGAUGAUCUUCGAUGCCUUUGUUAUUCUGACCUGCCUCUCCUCGCUGGUGCUCUGUGCCAGGUCUGUGAUUAGGGGUCUUCAGCUCCAGCAGGAAUUUGUCAGCUUUUUCCUUCUCCACUAUAAGAAGGAAGUUUCUGCCUCUGAUCAAAUGGAGUUCAUCAAUGGAUGGUACAUUAUGAUCAUCAUUAGUGACAUUCUGACCAUCGUUGGAUCAGUUCUGAAAAUGGAAAUCCAAGCCAAGAGUCUCACAAGCUACGAUGUCUGCAGCAUAUUUCUUGGGAUGUCCACCAUGCUUGUGUGGAUUGGCGUCAUCCGAUACCUGGGUUUCUUUGCGAAAUACAACCUCCUUAUUCUGACCCUCCAGGCAGCGCUGCCCAGCGUCGUCAGGUUCUGCUGCUGCGCCGCUAUGAUCUAUCUAGGCUAUUGCUUUUGUGGAUGGAUUGUGCUGGGCCCUUACCACGACAAGUUCCGGUCCCUGAACAGGGUCUCCGAGUGCCUCUUCUCUCUGAUAAAUGGAGAUGACAUGUUUUCCACGUUUGCAAAAAUGCAGCAGAAAAGCUACCUGGUGUGGCUGUUCAGCCGAAUCUACCUCUACUCCUUCAUCAGCCUCUUCAUAUACAUGAUUCUGAGCCUUUUCAUUGCGCUGAUCACAGACACGUACGAAACGAUUAAGCACUACCAGCAAGACGGCUUCCCAGAGACCGAGCUUCGAAAGUUUAUAGCAGCCUGUAAAGACCUCCCCAGUUCUGGGAAAUACAGAUUAGAAGACCCUCCAGCAUCUUUAUUCUGCUGCUGCAAUAAGUAACCACCAGGUGUCUCUGUGCUCGGAGAGGAAAACAUAGUAGGCGGUUGAGUCAGAGACAGUAUGAUCAGGCAACAGUGUGUUCAGAUAAUGAGUAUUCUGAGCUAGCUCACGAUGGUUCAGCAAGACCUGUCUCUGUGUUUUAACGUAUUUGUCGUCUUUUCUGCUUACGUUAGCGUUUUAGAAAUAACUGACUUGACGAGGGAAACUACUGGAUGAUUGCCCCGUCCUCGGUGCUGUAGUUUGUGCUUGUGUUCUCUGGACCCUUUCACCUUGUGAUGUGGUUUGUCAAGCACUGGGACAUGAGCUCCGGUCUCCCAGUGCCUUUGGAUGACCCAGUGUCCCUCUCUGAGAGUUGGGGAAAUUAUUACACAUGUGAUAUCACUGCAUCUUAGAGUCUCCCCUUAAAAGAAGACAGAACAGGAGAGGCCCCCGGCAUAGCCGGCGGAGCGAUGCCUGGCUCUUAGAGACAGCCACUAUACGGUUCUCAUAUUGAUUCAGAAGCUCUCUCUGCCUUUCAGUGUUAAGGUUCAAGGCUGGAAGAGACUCUACACACGAACGGAAGUUAAAGUGUGCCGGGGGGGGGGGGGUAUUUGAGCAAACGGUGAUGCAUUAUUAGCAUCCAAGCAGCAAGGGGGAAACUAGUGCUAGACCGCGCCUUCAGUAGGCCUGUGCAGUCUUAGCAAAGCCAUGUGGGGUCAGGAGCUGUGGCUCCAUGAACUGCAGUUCGAGAACCCAUGCUCAAAAUUUUAAAAUAAACAUAUGUAGCUUGAAAAGGCACUAAAUUAGGCUCCACACUUUGUAGUCCACUGAUGGGCAAGUAUUGGGGUUUUUGUGGUGUAAUACUCAUUCUGUGUACUCUUUAUCUAUGUAAACAUUAAUUCAAUUAUAUGUAGUAAUGACUUUAUAAAAGCACCUUUAAAAAAUCAAAA